AUGAGAUGUUGCAAAAGGCAAACAAAUCCCGCCGCCAACCCUCGCCUCACAGGACCGCCCCGCCUCGUGAGCCCAGCGCCUUUCCCCCCGCCGCCGCAGGCUCGCGCCGCCGCCGCUCCGGCACGAGAGGAGGCGGGGUCAGGGCGGAAGUCACAGAAAAGGCGCCAGAACGCUCGCGGCUCGGGCGCCCCCUCGCGGCGAGAGGCGGCACCGCGGGCGCCGCGGAUCUGGCACCAACCGGUCCAAUCCAACGGGUGGCUGCGAGAGCGCCUCGUGGCUUCAAAGUCCUCCGCCCCCCCCCCCGGACCCCGGAACGCUGCCCCCCGCCACCGGGGGACGCCACGAGCGCCGAGCCACCGUCAGCCGUUAGCUGGCCGUAAAGGCGCGAAUCGCCACGAGCUUCGGGGCUGCCUCGAGUCCCUGGGCCGCCCUGAAGCCCGGGAACAUCCCAAGCUCCGAGCCCGCGCGCGUUUGAAGCCCCCCCCCCCACCUCCGGGGCGCCAUUACCCACCCCCCCACGCCGGGAAGCGCGAGAUUUUUCUUGAACCUCCUGGCAGAGCUUUCUCUAAUCCCUGGAAGGCUGCAACCCCAGAAUUCUCCGAGUCCCUGGGACCCCGUGAAUGCGCCCCCCACCGCCCCCCCUACCUCAAGUCCCCCGGGUUUGCCUGGAACCCCGAGGCGUUGAAAAGCCACAACCGCCUUCAACCGGCUGGGAUCCCAGGUUAUCGCCUCAGAGGCGGCAAGAAGCCGACAACUCCGACACCCCCCACCCAAGCCCGGGACGUGAAAGAGCCCCAGGUCGCCGAGCCCUGA